GCCGGAGGCGGCUCGGCGGCCGGGGCCGGGCCCGGGAGCGGCGAGGAGUGCGCGCGGCGCAGCCGGAGCCCGCCGCCCGGGACAUGGCCCAGGCGGGCCGUGCAGGUGGCCCUCCCCCGGGUGGCGGCACGCCCUGGCACCUUCGAAACGUCCUCAGCGACUCAGUGGAGAGCUCAGACGAUGAAUUCUUUGAUGCCAGAGAGGAGGUGGCUGAAGGGAAGAACGCCAUCCUCAUCGGGAUGAGCCAGUGGAAUUCCAACGACCUGGCGGAGCAGAUGGAGACCAUGGGGAAGCUGGAGGAGCAUCAGGGAGACGGGAGCACCCCGUGCACCUCCAGCGCCCUCCAGGAGAAGCAGCGAGAACUGUAUCGGGUCUCCUUGAGAAGACAGAGGUUCCCAGCCCAGGGAAGCAUCGAGAUCCACGAAGACAACGAGGAAGGCUGCCCACAGCGCUCCUGCAAGACGCACGUCCUCCUGCUGGUGCUGCAUGGGGGGAACAUCCUGGACACGGGCGUGGGGGACCCGUCCUGCAAGGCGGCCGACAUCCACACUUUCAGCUCUGUGCUGGAGAAGGUCACGCGUGCCCACUUCCCGGCGGCUCUGGGACACAUCCUCAUCAAGUUUGUGCCCUGCCCGGCUGUCUGCUCGGACGCCUUCUCACUCGUCUCUCACCUGAACCCCUACAGCCAUGAUGAGGGCUGCCUCGGCAACAGCCAGGACCACGUCCCUCUGGCCGCCCUGCCCCUGCUGGCCAUCUCCUCCCCACACUACCAGGACGCGGUGGCUACCGUCAUCGAGCGGGCCAACCAGGUCUACGCGGAGUUCCUCAAGUCCCCUGAUGGGAUCGGCUUCAGUGGGCAGGUGUGUCUCAUCGGGGACUGUGUGGGGGGCCUCCUGGCCUUUGACGCCAUCUGCUACAGUGUGGGGCCCUCGGGUGAGAGCCCGGGCAGCAACAGCCGGAAGGGGAGUGUCAGCAGCACGCAGGACAGCCCCGUUGUGGCGGACGAGGCGUGCGGUCUGGCCAGCAGCAAGCGUCUCAGCAAGAGCAGCAUCGAUGUGUCCAGCGUGCCGGAGGAUGAGGAGCCCCAGCGGCCGUUGCCACGGAAACAGAGCGACUCCUCCACCUACGACUGUGAGGCCAUCACCCAGCAUCACGCCUUCCUGUCGAGCAUCCACUCCAGCGUGCUGAAGGAUGAGGCCGAGCCCCCUGCGGCCGGGGGUUCCCAGCCGCCCGAGGUCAGCCUGGGUCGCUUGGACUUCGACGUGUCUGACUUCUUCCUCUUCGGCUCGCCCCUGGGCCUGGUUCUGGCCAUGCGGAGGACGGUGCUGCCCGGGCUGGAUGGCUUCCAGGUACGUCCCGCCUGUGGCCAGGUAUACAGCUUCUUCCACUGUGCGGACCCCUCGGCUUCACGGCUGGAGCCCCUGCUGGAGCCCAAGUUCCACCUGCUGCCGCCUGUCAGCGUGCCCCGCUACCAGAGGUUCCCGCUGGGCGAUGGACAGUCCCUGCUCCUGGCUGAUGCUCUACACGCCCACAGCUCCCUCUUCCUGGAGGGCAGCUCGCGGGACAGCCCACCGCUUCCGGACGCCCCCGCCUCAUCUCCCCGGGCCCUGCGGGCCCAGCACCCAGGACGGAGGAUGAGCCAGGACAGCUCCCAUAGCGAGAGCUCGGGGUCCUCGGACAGCCUGGCCCCCGUGGGCGCCUCCCGCAUCACGGCCAAGUGGUGGGGCGCCAAGCGCAUCGAUUAUGCCCUCUACUGCCCCGAUGUCCUCACGGCCUUCCCCACGGCGGCCCUGCCUCACCUCUUCCACGCCAGCUACUGGGAGUCCACAGAUGUGGUGGCCUUCAUCCUGAGACAGGUGAUGCGCUACGAGAGUGUGACCGUCAAGGAGAGCACGGGCCUGGAUCCCGCGGCACCGAGCCCCACCAACCCCCGGGAGAAGUGGCUCCGUAAGAGGACCCAGGUCAAGCUGCGGAACGUGACUGCGAACCACCGGGCCAACGAUGUGAUCGCGGCCGAAGACGGCCCCCAGGUCCUGGUGGGGCGCUUCAUGUACGGGCCCCUCGACAUGGUGGCCCUGACCGGGGAGAAGGUGGACAUCCUGGUGAUGGCAGAGCCGUCCUCGGGCCGCUGGGUGCACCUGGACACGGAGAUCACCAACAGUAGUGGCCGGAUCACAUACAGCGUGCCGCGGCCCCGGCGCCUGGGGGUUGGCGUCUACCCGGUGAAGAUGGUUGUCAGACAGGUGCCUUUUAGGGGUGACCAGACCUUUGCGAUGAGCUACCUCACGGUGCUGCCCCGGGGCAUGGAGUGCGUGGUGUUCAGCAUCGACGGGUCCUUCGCCGCCAGCGUGUCCAUCAUGGGAAGUGACCCCAAGGUUCGGCCAGGGGCAGUGGAUGUUGUCCGACACUGGCAGGACCUGGGCUACCUGAUCCUGUACAUUACGGGCCGGCCGGACAUGCAGAAACAGCGGGUGGUGUCCUGGCUGUCUCAGCACAACUUCCCCCAGGGCAUGAUCUUCUUCUCGGACGGGCUGGUGCAUGACCCGCUGCGGCAGAAGGCCAUCUUCCUCCGCAACCUUGUGCAGGAGUGCUUCAUCAGAAUCAGUGCAGCCUACGGUUCCACGAAGGACAUCUCUGUCUACAGCGUGCUGGGGCUGCCGCCCUCCCAGAUCUUCAUUGUGGGCCGGCCCGCCAAGAAGUACCAAACCCAGUGCCAGUUCCUGAGCGAGGGCUACGCAGCCCACCUGGCGGCGCUGGAGGCCGGCCACCGCUCGCGCCCCAAGAAGAACAACUCACGCAUGGUCCUGCGCAAGGGCAGCUUCGGGUUGCACGCCCAGCCCGAGUUCCUGCGGAAGCGUAACCACCUGCGCAGGACCAUGUCCGUGCAGCAGCCCGACCCGCCCGCCAACCCCAAGCCCGAGCGGGCGCAGAGCCAGCCCGAGUCCGACAAGGACCACGAGCGGCCCCUGGCCGCGCUCAGCUGGGCGCGCGGGCCCCCCAAGUUCGAGUCAGUGCCCUGAGGGCCGGGCUGUGCGCAGAGCAGGGGGGCCCUGCCUGUGGGCCGGGGGGGCUGCUUCUCCCCGAGACAGGACUUUUCCUGCUUUUUCCCUCCCGUGUCUGUCCAGCAGUGUCCGACCAGAGCGGGGAGGGACCCAGCCGCGCCCCGGGGGGAGAGCCCAGGGUCUGUGUGCAGCCGCGGCUGCCUCCCCGUGUGGGGCCCGUGACCGCAAGCCCGGGUCAGCGCCGGUGCGUGUGCGACGCCGGGGAGCGGGCCUGCCUGGAGCGGGAGGGUUGGGCGGAGUCGACCAUCCUUCUGGGGCCCCGAGGCUUCGGAGGUGCUGGGCAGGCCCGGGGGGGAGAAGCCCCCAGAGCGGGCCCCGGCGGCCCCGGCGGGCACAGCUCCUGCCGGAGGGGCGAGCGGCAUUGGCAACGCCCUCCCUGUGGCAUCCCGGGUCACCGUCUUGGGCCUCCUGGCUUUCCUGGGGCCGAGUGGCCACCUUCUGGGAGUGAGAGGCUAUCCCCGGGUCCUCGUGUGUUCGCAGUGUCUGUCCACGACCCUGGGGGGGCGGGGUCUGGUGCUGACGGUCUGUCCUCCUGCAGCUGUCCAUUGUCCCCGUCUUGUCCUUGGUACUGUCACCACCCUCCCGUGGCCCGUGAGGACAGUCAUUCCUCUUCCCAGGGUCCCGCCUGGCGCCCUCCCCCGUGAGGCUGCAGCCUCAGGCUCUGGCCCAGCUGGGCUGCCUGUGAGCCCACUGCUCGCCCUCUCUGGGCCCCGCCUUCCUUAUGGGAUUGGACGGGUCUCCCUGCUGAGGUUGGUGCGGGUUUCUGACUCCUGGGCUGUCUCGCACUAGGAGCCUCUCAGAGAGCCCAGGGUGCACCUUGCACGCAGUCUGAGAGGGGGCUCUGGGGGCCCUUCGCGGGCACCGAGUGCCCCACCAGUUCACAGGAAGCCCUUGCGGGGAGGGAGGGGGAUGGGAAGGUGGGAAGGGGUUGCUGCUCCACGGGGCAGUUUGCUUUGCUCUGAUGCCCGAACCAGGUGUCCCAGGAACGGGGACACUGCCCCAGAGGGCACUGAUCUGACUCGCCCUCCCCAGCUCUGCUCAGACUGAUUCCCCCUCUUGGCUCCUGGAAGGCACAGAGCUGACAUCCCGGCAUUCUGGGGGUUCAUGUGAUUUUUGGCUCAAACUGUUGUAUUCUCUUCCCUUCUGCCUGCCACCCCGCUGGGUUUGGUGCCCUUACCCUCCUCCUGGCUCGUCCCCUGAGGCUGGCAGGGCUUGGCUCCCGGGGUGGGGGGGGCCCUCAGAGCCUGCCCAAGCUGUCCUGCUGCGAGCCCCUUGCCGGGGGGCCUGGGUCCCUGCACCCCGCUGCUGUCCGGCUGGGCCCACUCCCAACCCCGGGGGCUGCCGCGGCCUGCUUCUGGGCCCCCCCUGGCCGUCCCCAAGGCUAGCUCAGCUCCUCCAAGCAGGGCUGCGUCCGGCCGGGCUGCCCCAGAGCCCAGACCUCUGCAUCCGCAAUAGGCACCCGCGUGGGCCCCGUGUCGCCUCCGCUCGGCGUCUACCUCUCGCAGCUCCUGCGUGGCCCGUGUUCUCCCCAGACGGCGACUGCCCUGUGAAUUGCCUGGCAAAGUGGGCACCCUGCUGGGGCCGGGGUGGGGGGGUCCAGGCUCCCAGCCCCCAGGCCGCGCUCUCCGGGACGCGAGCCUUCUCUGGCACGGCCGGCUGGCCUGCUCCACCUGCAGGGCUGUCGGCACCCGAGCCCAAGCCGCGGGCAGCUCGCUCUCUGGCCCUGCCUCCCAGCGGUUCCCGGUUCCCACGGGCCACCCUUCCUUCCACAUUCCCUCUGCGGGGCGCUCCGUGAGGACCCAGCGCUUAGGGCAUGGCCGCAUCCACCCUUUCCAGAAUAUGCCCUGGACGGAGCGUGGGCAGACGGCCGGCCUCUCUGAUGCUGCCUCCUGUCCCUUUACGCGGAAGCUGCUGAUGGAGGUGAUAAGUCCUUAGUAGGAGUUCCUUCUUCCCGAGUUAGGCUUCCUCUGCCCUGCGAACCCCAGGCCGGAAGCCUGGGAGAGACAGACAGAGACAGAGCGCCAGGACCCUGCGGGGGAGCCUGCGUCCCGUGAGCAGGGCUCCAGGGCCUGGGCUCGAGCUGGGCUGGGGCACCUGGCCGGAGGCCACCGCCUUGCUGUCUGGGGCUUGGAGGACCCACGCCCCGAUGCUGCAGAUGUACAGCGGGACACAGUGAGCGGGAGCCCCAGCUGGGGCGCGUGCGGGGUGGGGUUCUGCAGCGGGAGGCUGCUCGGUUCUCCCGGAGACUCUAACCAACACACGUUCCUGUACCAGUGGCUUGUUCUGUGUGUCCGUCCACUCCGGGCCGAGAAAAACAAAGCACCCAGUGGUGCUGUCCUCUGGAGGGGGCUUGCCCCUCCCCGGAGCAGUUCCUUGACCUGGUCUGGCUGUUUUCCAGAGAACCCUUCCAGUUCCCGGUGUGCCCGCUCCCUGGGGGCUGGGAACCCCUCUUCCUGCCUGACCAAAGCUCCUCGUCUCUCGCGUGGCAUGUUUGUUCUUCCCGAUCCGGGGCUGUCCUUGCCGGAGCGCUGCCUGCUGCCCUCGCCCACACUCACCCUGUUGGGGGCUCGGGGUGCACCCCUGGCCGGCGCCUGCUCUCCCGGCAUCAUGGGUUGUCUCUGGAAGAUCUCACGACCCCUCCCUUAGGCUCCACAAAACACGUAUUUAAAAAAGUUGACUCUUUUCAUGUGUUUGGAUGAAUGGCCCUCCUGUCUGGGUGCCGGGCCGUGGAAGAGCAGGUGUGGACCCCACAUUCCGGAGGUUGCCGGGGCGUGGGCUCCCUCAAAGAGGGGAGGCCGGGUCUCACGGUCUUGAGACGGUCCUUCUACCGCCUUGGAGCCCAGAGUCUGCGCUCCCGACGUGUCCUGCAGGCAAAACGGGGCGCCGGUUUUUGAAAGAAACCCAGUCCCAGCGGGUGGGGAGGUGGCACUGGUUCUGCUCGGACGCCCCACCCCCUGCCCCGAGCCUCAGUGCCGCCCCGCCCCGGAGGGGCUCUGCGGCAGAGCCUCGCAGCUUGCCCCCGCCUUAAAUAACCAAUUUCCCGCCGAAUCCUGGGGGUUUGGGUGCCAAGUGCUCUGGAAACCUAUUCUCUUUGGCUCAGCCAAAAGAAGCCACCCCUCUCUCCUUACCCUCCCUCUGGCUUGGGGACACCUUCUUAAAAAUCACAGCUGGGGUGAUGUCCCCGAGCAGUAGCGAGGCCCGGCCCGGGCCCUGCCAUUGGGGCCGGCAGGGAACGCAGUGGGACCCCACCCUCACCGGCACGAGGAUCGGCAGGUGACACCGAGGGGCAGGACAGGAGGCAGCCCGCUCGAGGGGCCCUCCACCCCGGGACCCCACUGUCCUGUUCUCUGUUUACUCCGCGGCGGCAGCCUGUCUGACCUUGUCCGUGGUCUGGCUGUUCCUAAAUGUGUGACUCUCAGUAUUACUUCUGGUGGAUGGUUCUGUGGUGAAAGAAAGGUCUUCCCCUACUCCUCAUGGCUGCCUUGUACAAAAUCCGUUAGAGAAGAAAAUGUAAAAUACCAGGUUUCUAACAAGACACACCGCGUUACGGAGCUAAAAGAUUUUUACAACUGGUCUUGAUUUUGACGUGAGCUGGUUUUUAACUCUCGGAUGUUGUCACUUAAAUAAAAACCUUAU